GUGAAAGGUGAUGGAAAUUGUUUGUUUCGUUGUGUAGCUCUAGCACUUCAAGGCACAUAGAACACUCAUCAAGAAUUCAGAUAAAUGUGUGCCAAUGUUAUUUAAGAGAAUCAACCUAUAUUCAAAGAAAAAAUCCAUUAAGGAAUGCUUAAAUAAUAUGAUCCAUCCAAAGAGGUCUUUGAAUAAUAUAUUGAAUAAGUUUAAAAUGGAUAAAUUAUGGGAGGAUUAAUUGAAUUAUAGGCACUCUCUUUGGGAUUAAAUGUCUAAUUCAAUGUUGAAGGAAUUGGUAAUAAAUUGUUAGAUAUUGGAUUGUCUCAUAAUCCAAAAAAAGAAAUAUAAUUAUGUAGAAUCAAGAAUGAUAAAUACAAAGAUGGUCAUUAUAUGUUUAAAAAAAUACAUAAAAUCAAAAGAAAAAAAUGAGUAUUAAUUAUAUAUAUAAAAUUAUAUGGGUAAUAAUUGCACUGGCUAAUGUGCAGGAUGUUAUAAACGAGACAUUGAAAUAUUAGUAAUCCUCUUCUAUUCUAUAUUAGAAAAGUGAGUAGCAUUAAAUAUUAUCAGAAAAACCUUAUGAAUCUUUAAGCAGAAAAAGUUCUAAAAAUUAUGUUUAAGAUGCUAUCCCUUUGGGUAGCAAUUAUGAAAUCAAUAUUAAACCAAUUACUAAAAGUGUUGUAGAUAUUGUUAGUGACAAAUCAAAGAAAACUAAGGCUGCUAUUAAAAUUUAAUCUUGUUGGAAAGGAUAUUCAGUUAGAAAAAAAUAACCACUUAUGAACAAUACCAAAACUAGCGUUGAAACUGAAGGAAAUAAAAUAACAGGCACAUAUUUUGAAAGGUUAUGCAAUUUAUCAAAAUUACAAAAGUACAACAAACUUUAUUAAUUUUAGAUUAGCAAAAAUGUAUAAUGGAUAAUGGUUGGGAAAAGAUAGACAUGGAAAAGGAAUACAAACUUGGCCAGAUGGAGCUAUAUAUGAUGGAGAAUGGUAACAUAAUACAGCUCAUGGUAAAGGAUUAUUUCGACAUGCUGAUAAAAUUGAAUAUGAAGGAGAAUGGAAAUACAGUAAAGCAUGUGGUUAUGGUAUAAUGAGGUCUCAGAAUGGAGCAUAUUAUGAAGGGGAAUGGGAAAAUGAUUUAUAACAUGGAUAUGGUAAAGAAUAAUGGGCUGAUAGUUCAGUAUAUGAAGGUCAAUAUUAUUAAGGCUUAAAACAUGGAAAAGGGAAAUAUGUAUGGAAAGAUAAUAGUUAUUAUGAAGGAGAGUGGUAAAAUAAUAAAAUUCAUGGUUUGGGAGCAUAUCAUUGGAUAGAUGGGAGAGGUUAUAAAGGAGAAUGGAAAAAUGGAAUGAUGAAUGGACAUGGAGAAUAUAGUUGGAGUGAUGGUAGAAAGUAUGUUGGAGAAUAUCUUAAUGAUUAAAAACAUGGAUAUGGAGAAUAUAAAUGGGUAGAUGGUAAGGAAUUUAGAGGAUUGUGGUAAAAGGGAGUAUAACAUGGAGAAGGAGUUUAUGUGACAGUUGAUGGUAGAACAAAGAGAGGAUUAUGGCAAGAAGGUAAAUUAGUUUAAUGGUUGAAAUGA